UGCCUACGUCCUACGUCAAGUCAAAAUCGAAGUGGAUUUCUCUAGGCGUACACUCCUUAUUUUCUGUAUUCUAGACUUUUGUACAUACGUUCUUUAACAUGAUAUGUUUAAAGCAACAGCUGAAUACCGCUGUAAAGGAUUAUCCUUAAGAAACACAACGAAUGGGAUGGAAAUCUAUUAUUUUUCUCUGUUAAACUAACGUAGCUGCAUCUGUUAGCAAAACUUGCUAACGAAGAAUCUAGGGCUACCUCCUUGCUAUCUCAACUCUACCGUCGAGCUAGCUAUGCAUUAGCCAUUUAGCCUAGCUCGCUAACCAGCGACAACUGACAAAGGGCACAGGAGAUGUGAUCUGAACAUGCCACAGUAAAGAGAUUUUUAUGUUUGUGUCAUCACCUACUGCAGUUGACACACACUUUAAGCCUCAAGACAUCGUCCUCCAAAUCCACUCAGCUAAAAUCCAGCACACUGUCUGCAGUUUCUCCAGCACCUGAACCAUGUGAGGGCCCCUCGGUCCAGUCUGAGGGGAUCCCAGGACUGUUGAAACAAUAACCCCGCUGUGCGGGGCUGGACUCAUUCUAUCUCUUUUGGAGAAAACAGUCUAACCAGUAGCCCCUCCCAAUCUCCACAUUCUGGUUCUCCUGAGCAAGGAGACACGUCAUGAUGUUCCGAGACCAGGUAGGUAUCCUCACAGAUUGGUUCAAAGGCUGGAAUGAGUGUGAACAGACGGUGGCACUCUUGUCACUCCUGAAGAGAGUGUCCCGCACCCAAGCUCGCUUCUUACACAUCUGCCUUGAACACUGGCUGGCAGACUGCACAGAGAUCCACAUCCUUGAAGCUGAGGCCAACAAUGCAGCAAUUGUCAGCCAGUGGCAUCAGGAGCCAAAAGAGAAAGUUGUGUCCUUGCUGUUGUCACAUUUGCCUCUGCUGCAGCCACGCAACAGCGAGGCAAAAUGUGAGUACAUGAGACUCCUACAGAAGGUGUUGAGUCACACUAUUGAGAGUAGCCUCUUUGUGGAAGAAAGCAGACAGCUGCUCUCCUACGCACUCAUCCACCCUGCCACCACGUUGGAUGACCGGACAUCAUUGGCCAUGUGGCUAAACCACCUGGAGGAGCACCUUUCAGGCGGCUAUGCCCCCCGUGCACCUUCCAGCCCAUACCAUCCACGCCAGGGCUCAGAUGAAUGGCCAAGUUCUGCUGAAGCUCUUGACCCUGGCAGUGCGUGGCAUGACAAGUCCUCUACAUCUGGCACGUCGCCAUCUGGCCAAAAUGGACAUAUGAAUUUUCCAGGCGGGAUGUCUUCACCUAUUAACAGCAAUAAUUCAGGUCUGGUUGGACAGAUGCAGCCAAGCCCUCUGACGAAAUCCAUGUCCAUUAUUCCUCCCAGCCUCCACACUUGUGGCUCUGAAUGGAUAAGUCAAGAUGAUACAGGAGGACGGCAGAACUUUAUCUCAACAGACCAUGCACCCCUAUCACCCCAGAGUAGUGUAGCUUCCUCAGGAAGUGAACAAACAGAAGAUCAAGGCUCCAGUCGCAACACCUUCCAGGAGGAUGGCAGUGGCAUGAAAGAUGUUCCUGCAUGGUUGAAGAGUCUCCGCCUUCAUAAAUAUGCAUCCCUGUUCUCACAGAUGACUUAUGAGGAAAUGAUGAUUCUCACAGAGCAGCAUCUAGAGUCCCAGAAUGUUACUAAAGGAGCGCGGCAUAAGAUUGCCUUGAGCAUCCAGAAGUUGCGAGAGAGGCAGAGUGUACUCAAGUCUUUAGAAAAGGACAUUUUGGAAGGUGGAAACCUGCGCAAUGCCCUGCAGGAGCUUCAGCAGAUCAUCAUCACGCCAAUUAAGGUCUACAGUCUCCUCAGUGCAGCACCGCCUGCCUCAGACUCCACCACUUCCCAGUCAGACAUCACAAAAUCUGGAGCAGAAAAAGACUCGGCACCAGAAGGCUUCCAGUCCCACAACCCAACUCCCUGUGAUGGAGACUCGUCAGUCACGCCCAUCUCAGAUGGUGACAUUCCUGGACAGUUCACCCGUGUAAUGGGUAAAGUGUGUACCCAGCUGCUAGUGUCGAGGCCAGACGAGGAAAAUAUCAGCUGUUACCUUCAACUUAUUGAGAAGUGUCUGACACAUGAGGCUUUCACUGAAACUCACAAGAAGAGGCUGGUCACCUGGAAGCAGCAGGUCCUCAAGCUGCUGCGCAUGUUCCCUCGAAAAGCUAUGCUGGACAUACCUGCAUACCGACAGAAAGGCUGGAACUAUGGGUCAAACUCCCUCCCCACAGCAGGCUCUGUGAGUGGAGGUGUGGGGCGACGAGGCCAAAGGCAGUUUCAAAUGCCCCCUCGUGGACUCCCAGCUGGACGCAUGUGUCUUCCUGGAGGGAUGGGGGGAGUGUCGCCACGACACACACUUACUAAUCCUGCUCUUACAAGCCAGGGUAGACAAAACCUGUGGUUUGCUAACCCUGGGGGCAGUAACAGCAUGCCAAGUCAGAGUCGCAGUUCAGUGCAGCGGACGCACUCCCUCCCAGUCCACACAUCCCCGCAGACUAUGCUCAUGUUCCAGCAGCAAGGUAUUGUGCAAGAAUGCCAAGUUCCAGGUGCUGACCUGGAGAUUAACCCAACGCUGGAGUCACUGUGCCUCAGUAUGACGGAGCAUGCCUUAGGGGAUGGAACAGACCGGACAUCAACUAUAUGAAGAAAAGAGAAAUAAACUUUGGUUGAGGCCCGUUCAGUUCAGCACAAAGAUAUAUGUAUGCUUCAGAAACCCAGGCAAAGCAGUCACUACAAUAUGACAAAAAAACUGUGUAUAUGUUCUCUUAAUAUUUUUGUACUUUAUUAUAUACAACUAAGUUUAUUAAAAAUGGAAUACAGAUGAAUAUUAUAUUGUAGAACAGAAAAAAGGUUAACUGUAUCCGCUGCACCAUGUCACCUGCAGGACUGUGGCAUGACGUGCAGAGGCUCAGUUUACCACAGUGAGAGAAAAACAGUGGAUUGGUGCUGUCUUCAAAGGCUUCUGCCCCUAAUAGCUCUUCUUUUCCUGAUGCCUUGGAACAAGGCUUUCUACCCACAACACUGACGGCCACAGCCGUCGCUCUGCAUAAUUUGUAGAUUCGAAAAAUAUCCAGCCAAAUAGAGGGCACUUUUUUUAUUAGAUGAACUUUGAUAUUGGGCACUGAAGUAUUUGGCCUCAUGGUACACACUAACGUUCCUCUUCUAGACAGAUGUUGAGCUCUGGCCAUGCAAAUCCUGUAAGCAGUGCUAGUCAGGGCUUGUGUGGGGGUAAACCUUAGAUUGCUUUUCAUGAUUCUUUUUGUCCUCCCAAAUGUCUUUGUGUAAACGUCAGAAAAGGGAGGAUCAAAAGAAUUGAGGAAAAGUUUGUAAUGCAACUCAAGGUAUACUUUUUUGUGGUUAGUUCCCUGAACAUAUAGUCUAAGUAGAAGUGACUGUCCUCCUCUAAACUUCUACAAAGCCAAAGAGAAGGGUUGUGCGAUUGUUAAUUUGAGAUAGGUAUUUGUUGUGAAUUGCGGCAGAAUGGUAUACUUUUUUUUUUUUUUGUAAAAGAACAGCGGUUUGAUGAAUUAAGGCCAGCUGCAAUUUGUCCUUUCUUUGUUUUUAUCUCCUAUUAUACAAAUGAUGAUGAAUCUCACUUUGUGCCGGGGAACCCACACGGGUUAGUAAGGGCUGGUGAGGUUUGCACUGCACGAGCGCAGAUUUGACGUUGAAUUGGUAAAAGCAAAGACACCAGAAUGUUUUCAAUUUACAAUCAAAUGCUGGGAGAGAAAGCUAAAUGAAACCUGCCUCAGCCCUCUGGCUCUCUUUUGAUUGGUUUUGGAAAAUGAAGCCUGAUCGUGUAACUAGUGCUAAGAGUGCAUCAUCUCAACCUCGCAGUGCCCUCUCCCUCAAAUGGCCAAUGUGAUGAUUUGAUGAAUCAUAGUUUCCAAGGUGCUUGACGAUGUCCAUUUUUUUCUGUUUUUGUCUCAGUGUGUUUGAGUCUCAGAGCCCUAACAUUAUCAUGUGGUAUCAGUGUUGAAUCAAAAACUGUCUUAUACAUCCUCUGUCUUUGAAUGUGGCAGAGCCGGAGGUGCAUGUAUGUGUAAUAUGGUCUUAACUUUGGAUCACUUUUGGUUGCUUCAAAAGGCAGGGAAAACCAUUCACAUAUUAUUUCAGCAGAGCCAUAGGAGGUCUGUCUAGUAAAGAUGGUUAUUUACAGAUAUCUUUUCCAAUUGUAUUUUUUACUCUCCCUUGGUAUUGAUAACUUAUGCUUAUUUUCUAUAAUCGCAUGUUUUGCCACACUAAUACAGCACUGUUGUAGAUAGAGGACAUGAUGGUUGAUGGUGCCUGGCGUCACCACCAGCUAGAGAACAGAAAUCUUGCAACUAAUGUUGUAUGUUUAUAUCGCCUAAAUGUCACUGUUUACAUCUCUCUGGGAUAAUGCUCAAUUAAUUUUAUGUGUCGUCAUGAGUAACCCAUUGUCUCACUAUGUAACGCAUUAAAGAACUGAAGCCUUCUCACACAGGGGGUGGCUUGGUAGAGACUGGAAACAAAGCUUCUACCCCCCCCCCCCUUAAUCUGAGGACUCCAAAUGAGUCUCAGUAGAUUUUUCAAAUUGUACCCGUGUGAGGCACGUAACACCUGCUUUUUGGUCAUGCGGUGAUGAGAGCGAGUAGCUCCUCUAGCCUUAUGAUUAAACUGUUAGCUGUCAUGUCCUGAUGAACUGUUCAUAUGGUGCCUGAAAUGCUCAGCUCCACUAUCCUCAAUAUGUUUAUUUUAGAAGUGGUUGUAGUCUAGUCAUGGAUUUCUUCAGAGCAGGCUCUCGGAUAGAUCUGACUUCAGUAAAAGCAUCACACUCAUGUCCACAAAGGACUACAGCGAGUUAACAAUGCUGGCUUAAGACUGGCUGUCUUAUUUUUACCUACUCACUAUAUUGUGUGUCAACUGUGUUGCUACAAAUGGCUCAGAUUUUCCUUUUCAUUGCCUCUGUUGCCUACCUGUUAUUUCAGAUCAACACAGUGGUACAAUAUAGAUUUCUUCAAAUGGGUUCAUAAUAAUGAUGCAGCAGGGGCUGACAAUGCUUAUCUGAGCCACAAAUGAUGUAAUAAUGAGUAAACGGAACACUAAUAACAGGCCAAGGAAUUUGUUUACUCCAUGUUUACAUUCCAGUGAUGCGUGAAACGAGUUGGGAAAUGCACUUCACAAGUUUAUCCUGGUGUAUUUUAACAUACCAGCCAUCCCGUUGGAGGUACACAGCCUGUGUCAUAUGGAGACAAAAACCAAGUGGUCAUGAUGAUGUCCCUGCCAGGCUUGUAGUUUUUUAAUUAAUGCAGCCAGCUGUAGGUUACACUGCACAUAUUUGUCUUGUACAAUUUCUAUUUAAUUCUAAUAACGUCCCCAAACAUUUUCUAAUAUUUUGUGAACUUUUUGCAUCACAUGCUUACGCUCUUUUUUACUGUCACUCAUAUGUUUGAAUGGUCUGAGUGCAACAUCGGUCGGAUCAUGGACAGUCCAAAUAAAGAGGUUCAGUUCUUUUGCAACUCAAUUUGUGGCCUGUGCUUUUGUCCAUCUUAUUAUUGCAAUUCACACACGCCUUUUGCUUGAUAAAAAAAGGAGUAUUAAAGACAUUUUUCCCUUUUUCCUAGCAGAAUAAAA